AGAGGAGGGAGACAGCUGUCAGCAGUAGGAGAGGCAGAACAACAUGAAAACAAUUCUGAUCUCCUUACUCGUCCUUACUGGUGCUUGUCUCCCUGUCCUUUGUGGCAGAGAGGAGCAGCCCACCCUCCAACCCGAGGCUCCUGCCGAAACCCGCUCACACGUUGCAGCCCUGGAUGAUGUGCGUCUCCUCGCGAACGGCCUCCUUCAGCUGGGGCAGAGCCUGCGGAAGUUUGUGCACAAGACAAAAGGGCAGAUCAAUGACAUCUUCCAAAAACUUAAUAUUUUUGACCGGUCCUUCUCCCAGCUGUCUGUGCUGGCCAGUGAAAUCAAGGAGGAGGAAGAGGAGCUCAAGAAGACUGCUGUGGUGCUGAAGGCCAACAAUGAAGAGAUUAAAGGCCUGUCUGUCAAGAUCAGCUCCAAAGUGGACACCAUCAUGCUGGAGAAGAGCCACCUGCAAAGCAAGGUGGACCGCCUGGAGGAGAAGCUGAGAAGUCUGUCUCAGGGCAUGUUUACCAGCGACCAAGUAGGAGAGAUCAACGGCCUUAGGGAAGUGAUUACCAGCCAGGAGCAAAGCAUCACAGAGCUUCUGAACGCUGUCAGGGAGCAAAGUGAUCAACUCAACUACCAGAGGAUAAAGAUCAAGAAUCUGGAGGAAAAGCUUAUAGCCAGUUCUUUAGCUCAGGAGACAAUUGAAAGGAUGCCUGAAUCCUUCAUCAGUGAAGCGCCAACACUCAGCCCUUAUCUGGCCUCCAGCAAGAAAAAUGCAGUCAUGGAUCUCCCAUCAGACUGCAGUGAACUGUUCAACAGAGGUGAGAAACUGAGUGGAGUGUACGCCAUCAGGCCGAAUGGAUCCGAGCCCUUCAUGGCAUUUUGUGACAUGAGUGCAGAUCACGGAGCAACAGUCAUCCAGCGAAGGAAGGAUGGUUCUGUGAACUUUGAUCAAACCUGGGAAAAAUAUGAAAAUGGAUUUGGAGAUUUUCACGGGGAGUUUUGGCUGGGUCUCAACAAGAUUGGUUCUCUAGCUGCUCAGGGCAACGCUGUCCUUCACAUCCAGCUGGAAGACUGGAAACAGAACAAACGCUUUAUUGAAUACAGGUUUGACCUUGGCGGUGCAGAGAGCAACUACACCCUUCACCUCAAGCUGCUGUCAGGGGAUCUGACCGACCCCAUGAGGAACCACACAGGCAUGAUGUUCUCCACUAAGGACAGGGACAAUGACAAGAACCAGGACUCCAACUGUGCCCACAACUACACAGGUGGUUGGUGGUUCAACAGUUGUGGAGACAACAACUUGAAUGGAAGGUACUUCUUCAUGAGACCUAAGGGGCGUUCGGGUUCGGACCGCCGACGAGGGAUCCUUUUAAAGCCGGGACGUAAAGCUUAUUCGCUCAAGUUCACACAGAUUUCUGUCCAUCCCGUCAGCACCACCUCCACCACAUCCUCUGACCUUGGUGGCUUUCUUGCAAACAACACAUUCUCCAGUGAAGAGUCAGCUGCAAGCACAGUGUAUAGCGGCCCCUAAAGGGGAGCUUCGGAAGUGCUCCGUUUGGGCAGUCAUGGCUUCAGUAGGCCUUGGGCACAGUUUGGGACUCAUAACUGUCAACAUUUGGGUUUGAAAAUAAGGGAAAGUGAGGAAAAAUAAGGGAAAUUCUGGUCUUUCCACCAGUGGGAUGCUGGUGUAAAGACCCGACUGACUACUGUGGCACCACCGUGUUAUUUUAAUAGCGUCCUUUUUUUUUUUUUUUUUUUUACCAGCUACAGCCAGAGUGGCAACAGCUGUCCUGGCAAACCGUGCACCCCCAUCGAAUUGGGCUACCUAGCCCCUAGUGUGCAUGCGUAUAACAAAGAAACCUGUAAGAGUUCUUAUUGUCCAUCCCUUUUGAAGGAGUCAAAUCAAUUAUAAAUGUCAUCGUUUAACGGGUUAUAGUGUAAAACACGUCUAUUUACACUACAUGUUGUACAUUAAAUGACAAAAUAUAGUAACAUGGAAUUAUUUAGUGUAAUGAUUCUACUCACGUGAAUGGUUGUGAUAGUCAUGCGAACAUGUUGAAAAUCUACAUAUAAAGCGUUAUCUCCUUAUACAUUAGUUAGCAUAGCCAAGUGAUAUCCACACUAAAACCCACAUUAUUGCUACGGGGCAAACAACUGGACAGGGGCGCACGUCGGCUCGUAUGGGGAAAAUACGGGAAACUAUUAAAACGAGCGGUCGCUCGGAAAGAAGGGCAAAUUAUGGGAGUUUCCCGGGGAAAACGGGAGGGUUUACAGGCAAGUGUUAAAUCAUUGUUGGUUAAAGUCAAUCACACAGGACGUUAGCUAAGACCAACAGUGAAGAUGAUGAAAAUGUCAUGUAAAAUCACAAUUAUACUGCAAUCGUAUAAGCUGUUGUGGUCCUCAUACUGCGGCACAACAUAGUCAUUUACUACCUGAGGUCAGUGGUCAUAGGGGAGAAUUCAAAACAUGCAGCUAUGCAAAAGCAGUUUUUCUACUGGGUCACAUUGACUCUCACUAUGCAACAGACAAACAAGAUAUGUCUACCCAACAACAGACUUAGCUUUUUUGUUUGCGAAUGCUUUGUAGAUACAGUGGUGUGAAAAAGUCUUUGCCCGCUUACUGUUUUUUUUUAUUUUUGCGUGUUUUCCACACUUAAAUGUUUCAGAUCAUCAAACAAAUUUAAAUAUUAGUCAAUGACAACACAACUGAACACAAAAUGCAGUUUUUAAAUGAAACUUUUUAUUAUUAAGGGUGAAAAGAAUUCUAACCUACAUGGCCUUGUGUGAAAAAGUGAUUGCUGCCCCGAAAGGAAGUAUUUGAGAUCUAUCAGUCUGGAAAAGGUUCUAAAGCCAUUUCUAAGGCUUUGGGACUCCAGCGAACCACAGUGAAAGCCAUUAUCCACAAAUGGAAAAACAUGGAACAGUGGUGAACCUUCCCAGGAGUGGCCGACCAAACAAAAUUACCCCAAGAGCGCAGCGACGACUCAUCCAAGAGGUCACAAAAGACCCCACAACAACAUCCAAAGAACUGCGGACCUCACUUGCCUCAGUUAAGGUCAGUGUUCAUGACUCCACCAUAAGAAAGACAGCCUGCAUGGCAGUUCCAAGACGAAAACCACUGCUCAACAAAACAUUGAACACUGAACAAUAAGGCGUGUCUCAUCUUGAUGAUCCCCAAGACCUUUGGGAAAAUACUGUGAUCUGAUGAGACAAAACUUUUUGGAAGGUGUGUGUCCUAUUACAGCUGACCUAAAAAUAGCACUGCAUUUCAGAAAAAGAACACCAUUCCAACAGUAAAACAUGGUGGUGGUAGUGUGAUGGUCUGGGGCUGUUUUGCUGCUUCAGGACCUGGAAGACUUGCCGUGAUAAAUGGAACCAUGAAUUCUGCUGUCUACGACAAAAAUCCUGAAAGAGAAUGUCUGGCCAUCUGUUUGUGACCGCAAGCUGAAACCAACUUGGGUUCUACAGCAGUACAAUGAUCCAAAACACACCAGCAAGUCCACCUCUGAAUAGUUGAAGAAAAACAAAAUGAAGACUUUGGAGAGGCCUAGUCAAAGUCCUGACCUGAAUCCUAUUUAGAUGCUGUGGCAUGACCUUAAAAAGGCGCUUCAUGCUGGAAAACCCUCCAAUGUGGCUGAAUGACAACAAUUCUGCAAAGAUGAGUUGGCCAAAAUCCUCCACAGACAGCAAACACUUGAUUGCAGUUGUUGCUUCUAAGGGUGGCCCAACCAGUUAUUAGGUUUAGGGUUUGCUCAGUUCUUCACACAUAUAGGUUUUUCUCUCCCUUAAUAAUAACAAGUUUCAUUUAAAAACUGCAUUAGGUGUUCAGUUGUGUUGUCAUUGACUAAUAUUUAAAUGUGUCUGAUGAUCUGAAACAUUGAAGUGUGACAAAUAUGCUAAAAAAAAAAAUAAAAAUCAGGAAGGGGGAAAACACUUUUUAACACCACUGUAUGUACUUUUUUCGACCAAUUGAAUAGUCAUUGCUGCAACUCUGCACAACCUCCACUACCAGUCUAAAGUUUAGACACACUUCCUCAUGCUAUUGAAUGAGGACAUGGUUCAUGGUUCAUGGUUUUAAUUCAUCUUGAACAUGCAUAUAAGUCCAAACAGUAGCACAUCACAUAAUACAGUUCACAGUUUUGCAUGUCCAAACUUUGGACUGGUGAUGUAAAUGCAUCAUACUAUGGUUUCAAAGAAGAAUAUUUUGGUAGGUUAAAAAAAAAACAAUUGGAACAUCUUCUAAAUAUCAGACUGGUCCGUGCUUUAUGAAAGCUUUAAUAUGCUGUAUAUUUUUUAACUAGAAAAAAUAGCAUAAAAAUCCUGUUUGCGACCUUCUAAAUGCAGUUUUUAACAUUUUUUUAGCCCUCUGGACAUGAAAUAACACCCUAUAGUCACUUUUACACUCGUAUUACCAAAUAUAGUAGACAUAAUAGGAGUAAAUAAGCUAUUUAACACAUAAAUAAGACUCGUGCUCAUGUGUGCUUCUACUGUAUAAAUGUGUUCCUUUCGGGAGCUGAGUGAUAGGACAGGAAGUGACAUCAAGGGUUCAGAGUUUAUUUUCAGCUUGACGUUGGUUACGGCUGCAACAGUAGCCUGUGUUUUUAUUUGGGAUUUUUGUGCCUGUUGUGAAAUAAUUCCAACCUGCAAUUAAAGCCUGUUGUUCUGGC